CACAGGUUUCAUUUGGCUUUUUCUUAAACAUUAAAAUAUUUUAAAUUAAGUAUGGUUAUUAUAAGUACUAUGUUUAAUUAAUACUUUGGAUACUAGAGCAUUAUUUUAAAUUUUUAAAAUAUAUUAGGUAGUAAUAUACUCUAUUUGAUUGAAGGAAAACACAAGUUAAGGACAAAUCAACUAUCAUAGUAGUACAAUAACAUAUUAUUUAUUGUAGAGUAGAACUUUAAAAAAAAUCAUGCAAGAAAUCUGAUAUAAAUAUGAUUAUUUAUAACUCAUUACAAUUUAUUAUACAUGUAAUAGGUAUUACAUUUUUAUAAUGAAAUAACAUAAAAAUACAAAUAAUUUUAAUAUGAGCUAUUACUCAAAAUUUGUCUAGUAAAAGUCUCAUUAUGGUAGGUACAAAUAAUACUCUCAUUUCUGAUAAUUUUUUUGAACAUUUUACGUGUGUGAACUGUGAAGUUGGAUUACGGACUUCUAUAUAAUACUUAAGACUUCUAUAUAAUAUCUGUAGUAUAUAGAAGUCUGUAGUGGCCCCAGAUGAACGUUAUUGCUGGCUAAUAAUUAACAACGUUGAGUAGUGAGUACCCGUUCCGUUCGGCGUUCUUCGUUGUCCUGGAGAUAUUUGUUCUUUAUUUUAUGGGGAGAUUUUUGAUUUUCCCCAAUUGUACGACUGUCGUCCACUGUGUCAAUUAAAUUUAGUAAACGAAAGUACUCAAAUAUUAAUUUAUUCCUUUACAUUGUACAUAAUUAAAUUGUUAUUCAUUAUGGCGUUUAAAACGGAUAUGUACGUGUCCUGUAUUAAAAUAUUUGGUGUUCCAAUCGUUCCGCCAUUUAUGACAGAUCAAAAAAGACAAGAAAUGAAAGAGUAUAAGGAAAAAGCAAUAGCUUAUGAACAUAAAUUCAAGGGUAAAAGAGUUAGCUUGGAUAGUGGAGUAAUGAUUACCAGUACAGAAAUGCAAAAAAUUGAAAACUAUGAAUCCCCUACUACAGUGUUAAAAGAACCUGUUUAUAAUGAUAUAAAUAAUAUUAACAAAAUUGCAAUACUUAAUGGGAUAAAAACUGAUGGUUCAAUUUCUCCCGAAACACCAACAUUAAUAUCAGAAGAAGACGAGCAUAAUUCUAAUGAUAGUUCUUCCAAUAAACAGCCAAUAAUUAUAAAGUUUGAAACUGUUAGUUUAACUGAAAAAUCUGAUGACACUUUGAUUCCACAGCAAGAAUCAAAUAGUAAUUUAACUGUAAAUAAUUCAAUAACGCUUAAUGAAGAUAAUUUAAAUGAUAAUUCUCUUUAUAAAGAAUCAAAUAUUAAAUCAACAAAUCAUAAUUUAAUUCAAAAUUCUUGUAACACUUUGGUUCCAAAACAAGAACCAACUCAACUUUUAAUUGUAGCUAAUACUACUAUCCAUGUUGACGGAGAUAAUAUAUCAACAACACAAAUUCCUCAUUUAAGAAGUAAUUCAUAUACUUUAUCAUCGCCAAGUCCAAUAAUGGUAGCAUUUUUAAAUAGUCAAGUUCAACAACAAUUAAUGGAACCAAAAAGUGUAGAAAACAAUAUUAAUCAUAGUAAAGAAAGUAAAUCUGAACCACUUAGUAUUUAUAUGACCAAUGAUAAUGAUGAAAAAAUAUUGAAAGUUAAAAGUCUUUCACUCAAUUCUGUUCCUAAAUCAUUUCAUAAACAUGAUCUUACAAACAAUUCCAUUAAGUUGAAUCUUAUUAAUAAAUGUACAGAAGAUAAUAUUAUAUCUGACCAACAAAAUCAAGAUGAAAGAGAAAGCCUAACUACUAUUGGAACAAAUUUUAGUAAUGAUGAAAGUAUCGUAGGAAGUGUGAUAACUGUUUUUAAUGGUAAUAGUUAUGAUAACAACAGCAGUCCCAAUUCAAUGACAUGCAAAUCUAUGAAACAUUGUUGUUGUCAAAAUAGCGAUGAUGAAUAUUCUAUAAGUAGCAGCUACAUACGUUACGAAACUCCUGAGAAGUUAAAUUUAGAAACUGAACAAUGGCGCAUAGUAAAUUUAGAUUUAGAAACAAGGCAUCAAGAAGAAUUGUCUAGUUUAAUGAAAAAACAGAGUGAAGAGCGAGAAAAAAUUGCAGUAAGGCAUUAUUACAGGCAAAGUACAUCUGGUAUGUCUUUUGAUGGGUCUGAAUGUUCAGAAUCUAUAUCGAAACAAAUAUCUAGUUCUCCGUCAAUUCAAUGUGGAAUACAAAGAAUAUCACCUCGUCCUCUACAUUUGAGGCAAAAUGUUAUAUGUUAUCAUAGUACACAUGGGGGUCGAACAGUAAAAUGGACAAAAGCUCCUACUAUAAUAGAAAAUGCUGCGGCAACUAUUAUAAAUGCUGGUGUUAAAGGUUAUUUAACUAGAAGACUAUUACGAACUGAAAAAGCUCAAAUGCUUAAAAAGACUAUUUUAGAUUCAUUGAAGACAGCUUUGAUAAUGUAUAUGGAAUUAAAAAAGCAACAACCUACUGAAUCUGAUUUAGAUCUCUAUCGAAGAAUCAUUAAUCAACUUACUUCUGCUUGCUAUGAUUUGAAUGAUUUAAUUUUGGGAUCUGUACAUGAAAGAAUGACUGUAAUUAGGAGUGAUCAUGAACGGUUGAUGGCUGUAAAAAUGCGCCGCAAAUCAAGUUCUACAUUGGUGAUUAACAAACAGUCUCCAACAUUAAAACAACCAAAAAAAUCACGAUCAGGUUAUUCAUUGUCAAAGAAAGCAUCUGACAUUUUUUCUGAAAAGAGCUCCUUCAAAAAAUAUUAAUUAUAUUUUAGUAAAAGAAUUAUAUAAUA